UUCUCUGAUCGCAAUCUAACCAUUUCACGACUACUGAUGAGGGCGCGGACGAGUCUGGACAAUUCCCUCCCUAUUUAAGUUCUUUCCGCGGAUCUCAAGGCGAACAUGGCAACGACGUUAACCCCGAGAGACGAGCCUAAGCAGGCGGAGUACGCUGGAGAUGAAGUCUCAGCCCUCGUUCUCGAUCCAGGCUACUCAAGCACACGCGCUGGCUUUGCCGGAGAAGACACGCCGAAAUCAAUUGUACCAACAUUCUACGCCUCGACCUCCUCACAACGCCUAUUUGGCGACCAUGUCAUCGACGUUCCCCGAGAAGAUGUUGAGAUCAAGAAUCCGAUCGGUCGAGACGGCAUUGUUGAAGAUUGGGACGCUGCCGAAGCACUAUGGAAAUACACGUUUGCGCACAAAUUGACAGGCGUGCGGCCUAACCGGGCGCUGCAGGACUGGUUGAACGACAGCAAGGCGGUGCCAGAUCUACAGAAAGCUAUGGCCGACGCCGUUGACACGGAGAGGUGUCUAGAAGAUCAUCCGCUUUUCAUGACGGAACCAAGCUGGAACACGGCCAAAAAUCGCGAGAAGACGGCAGAGAUUGCACUGGAGAGCUGGGCCAGCCCGGCAUUCUACUUGGGCAGAUCAGGCGUUAUGGGCGCAUUCGCCGUGGGUAAGAGUUCAGCACUGGUGGUGGACUUUGGAGCCAGCCAGGUCAGUGUGACACCGGUGCACGAUGGGAUGGUUUUGAAGAAGGGAGUUACCAAGAGUAAUAUCGGCGGCAAUUUCAUUUCCAGUCAGGUGCGCAGUAUGUUGGCGGCAAACGAGGCUGGUCCUAUCACCAUCACCCCACAUUACCUUGUUCAGAGCAAACAGCCCGUCGAUGCUGGACAGCCUGCGAAUGCUGUACUCAAAGUGAUGCCCGAAGGCUUCAAGGAACCACAGGCUUCAUUCAGACGGUAUCAGGAGGAGAAGGUGGUUUUGGAGUUCAAGGAGAUUGCGCUUCAGGCGUGGACAAAUCCCAACAUGGGAUUCCGGGGCCAAGGAGAAGCCAUGACCAAAGAUUCACCACCGUUCGCACAACCCUUUGAAUUUCCCGACGGCUACAACCAGACGUUUUCGACAGAACGAUUUCGAAUUGUUGAAACCAUGUUCGACCCUCAAUCCUACUACACUCCGCCAGCGAACUCGGAAGACGCAAAUCUCUAUCCGUCACCAGACGCGCACACAUCGCUACCAGGAAUUAUUCGGGCUAGUUUGAGCCAAGUGGACGUGGAUAUCCGACCGUUAUUGCUGGGCAAUGUGGUGGUGACUGGUGCAGCAUCGUUGAUCCGUGGACUCCCAGACCGUCUUCAACUCGAACUCACCAAGAUGUAUCCAAGCGCACGGGUCAAGAUCCAAGCCAGUGGAUUAAGCGUAGAGAGAAAAUUCGGCAGCUGGAUUGGAGGCAGUAUCGUGUCCAGCUUGGGCACGUUUCAUCAGAUGUGGAUCUCCAAGAAGGAAUAUGACGAACACGGCGCGAGCAUCGUGGAGAAGAGAUGUAAAUGAUGAAUUGAUAUCAUGUCGGCAGCACCACGGAGUCUGAUCAAGGUGGGGUAAAAAAGGGUGUGGGAGGGGGUUAAUUCGGAUAGGAUGGGAUAGCCUGGCAUGUUUGUGAUGUGAUGAUGGAGCCCGACACACACACACACUCUCUCUCUCCGGCCAGGCAACUGGGACUUGGCCCGGAAAGCGGAAGACGGCCUUCUCCAUACGAUAGUCCAGUCAGUGACCGAGGCGGAGACAUGAACUACAUCUCCUCGGCCGGUUGGAUGGUUGAAGAAGGCUAUGAGCUUAGUAGCUGUUCUGAGACGAUGAAUGAUUUUGCCCGUGCCCGUGACGGAAAUGCAUUUGGGUACGGACGAUGAUGUUUAGAUCGAAAAGAAAAUGAUUCUCAAGCAAAGGCUACAUACCAUACAGCCCAGCGGAUUGAUUGAU